AUGAGCGGGCCCAAUCUCGCCCUGGCCAUCUCCAAAUCUGGAGGACUCGGCUUUAUCGGACCUGGUGCUAAGCCAGCAGAUAUUCAUACUGACCUCGCUACUCUCCGCGGCUUGGUAAAAGACGCCCCGCCGUCUAGCCUCCCGCUGAGCUUCGUGACUCCCAAGUCUCUGCUUCCCGUGGGGAUCGGCUUUCAACUCUGGGACGGCGAUAUGGACUCUGCCGCCCAGGCUGUCAAGGAGUAUCGUCCAUGCGCGGCGUGGCUCUUUGCCCCAAGGGACGGUCAGGCAGAUUUGGAUACAUGGGCCAACCGCCUUCGGGAAGCCUCGCCCGACACACAGAUUUGGAUCCAGAUCGGAACCCUCCAAGAAGCUUUGGAUAUUCUCCAGGGCAAGACUCGUCCCGACGUCAUCGUCGUGCAGGGGGCCGAGGCGGGUGGCCAUGGGAGAGCGCACGACGGACUGGGCAUCAUAACUCUAUUCCCCGAGAUCGCCGACGCGCUCGGGGACAACAGCGGAAUUGAUCUUGUCGCCGCCGGAGGUAUUGCAGAUGGGAGAGGUGUUGCCGCAGCGCUGGCCCUGGGGGCGGACGGGGUCGUCCUCGGCACACGGUUUUUGGCGUCGACCGAGGCCCGGAUCAGCAAGGGGUAUCAGCAGGAGGUGGUGCGGGCUACGGACGGCGCGAAGUCGACGACUCGCACCAUGCUGUACAAUCAGCUACGGGGCACGACGGGCUGGCCGGAGGGUUACAGCCCGCGGGGUAUUCUCAACCGGAGCUGGCAUGAUCACCAGGCCGGCGUGGGCUUUGAGGAGCUGAAGAGGCUGUAUGCCCAGGCGACGAAGGAGGGCGAUGCUGGAUGGGGCCCCGAGGGUAGGCUGGCCACGUAUGCGGGUGCGUCCAUCGGAUUGAUCCAUUCGGUAAAGGACGCUGGCGAGAUUGUCACCGAAUUGAGGACAGAGGCGAGUGAUAUUAUCAGACGGAAUUACUCUCGUUUGUAG